GCCUCGCGAAACAUCCCCCUCUACCUCGAUUCACGCUAUACUUGUGCCUAGCUGGGCUAGUAGUUUGUACGCUGCAUCUUUCCCUUGCUACACUCGAUCUCGCAAGACGCUUCGAUGGCGGACCUAGUGGAAUAACCCUUGCUUUCACAUUCACAGGGACUAACUCGGCUGUUAUACGCCGAGGGGGAAGCUGUAAAGGUAUCCCCCGCUCCCUCCCGCCUUCUCGCGGCGACCAGGCGCUCCUCGUAAGAGAGGCCUCUUGGACUCGCGUAAUUGGGCUUGACAACAGCAAUGGAGCCUCACCAGGACCGAAGCCAAGACAAGGCGAAGCCUAUUGCAGUCGGGUCUUCUACAACCACACCACCGCGAAUACUUGUGGACUCGACGCUACCUGCUUCACAGGCCGCAUCAGCGACCUCUUCAAGCCAAUCUCGUGGCUCGCCUGCCUACAUGAUACCCUCAUCCAGUGCUUCAGAGAUAGCAAGUCAAGAAGCUUUCCCGAGCUCCAUCACAUUAGAUGAAAUACCCAGCCUGGCACAAUCUUCUCUCCUCAAAAGCGAAAGAGAAAACAAAGCACAGCAUCAAUUCACAUUAAAGGUUCAACAACACGCCCGUGUAGGCCUGGCACUAGGCGACGAGAGGUCGUCAGCCAAGAGUUCCCGAAUCCCUCCCCUCGAUCCACCGAUAAUUUGCGAGCUCAUUGCACAUACCCAGGCCGGAGCAUCAUUAUUUGGCAUUUUGGAGCUCGCAUUGCGAGCUACGUUAGUCGAUGGCAUGUCACCCGAAAGGGUCAUUGGCACAACCACAGCAGGUCUUCGUCCUCUCCAUGGCGAUGUCGACCAGAGUGCUUUCAUUGCGCCGAUAUUUUCUCGCACAGAGCAAAGUCUCUUCAUCUUCUCUGAGCUAUGCGUUCGCCCAGCAGGUGACUUUCGAAUCCGGCUUGACCUCGUUGACCGAUCGGGCAUGACUUUCAUCAACCUAGGCUGCGUCUACACAGAACGCUUCGUUGUAGUCGGUGACAAGAGCAGCUAUCCUGGACUCAGCCCAUCUUCAGAUCUAAUGCAAGCCAUCGUUCGUAGAGGUCUCAAGCUGAGGUUGACGAAGUCCUCGAAGGAAGAGGCCCCAACGUCCCAAAGCAAGUCGAAGAAGAAGGCUUCAGCAGCCAGCACAAAACGACGCGUAGAGUCUCCCGGACCUUCCAGUACCGAGUGGGCCGGCACGAGUAGGGCACAUCCCCUCGAACCGUAUCCAACAGAGAGGCCGCGAACGGCAGAGAUCGAGGCUCUCAAUCGACACGAGUCGUUGAGAACCUUCAAUCGCUCUCCCGCCGAUAUCUCAGGAAGUAGCUCCCCUCAGCAUAGCUCAAGCAGAAGCAGUCCACGGCCAGGUAUCAUCUCAAGAGCCUCAGCUCCAGGGCGGUCUAGCCCUCUUCCUCCGGAGCCUACCCCUCAUGUCUUGCGUUCAGCAGCAAGCCUACCUCGUCUACCAGCGUCUUCCGCUAGAUCAGAUCCGAUCAGACCAUGGGAGCAGCCUGGUACCUAUCUUCCACCGCUUCGCUUGAGUGGAAGUGAGGAGCAGUAUCAUCCCUCUCGAUUAUCAGCACAGUUGCCACCUUUGCAGAGCUUACCUCGUACAUCCAGUAUGCGCUUACCCGCGAUGGGACCUCCAGCUCUACCUUCACUCUAUCAGCCUCAACAGCAGCAGCAGCAGCAGCACCUGCAACCGCAUCAGCCUCGGUAUCACAGUCAGCUUCCCCAGCAAUCUUCCUAUCAACAAUACCAUCAGCCUCAACAGCAAUACCCCCAGCCUCAGUCCCAUCAACAUCAACAUCAACAUCAGUACCAGCAUCAAUUCCAGCAGCAGCGACAGUCACACGAUCCAUACGAUCAAGAUAUCAUCAUGGGGCCUCCACCCAUACCUACCGCCAGCAAUAGCAGCAGCAGUGCCAGUAGCAGCAGUGCUAGUGCCAGUGCCACUGUCAGUCAAGAAGACUACCCUUCCAACCGCCUGCGUCUCCCCUCUAUCCAGCACGUCCUCAACGUGACUGGUGAUCCUGGACCGCGUCCAUCAAGUAGGGAGAGACGUCCUCCUUCUGCAGGUGCAGGGCCAGGAACAGGUGCAGGUGAUGUCGGCAGCGGGGCUCCUUCAAUGGAGGGCUCGGCCGAGGAGGGACUACGGAGAGGCCAUGGUGGACGUCAGGCGGGGGAGCGAUGGCCCUGGGAACAAGGGUAUCGCCAAUGACGGAGGGAAGGAUAAGAGGAGCGGCGGAGAGGGAGAGAGAGAAGAGGUAGAGGAUCGUGAGGAUCGAGAUGGAGAUGGAGAUGGAGAGGGUCGUAUCCCCACUGGUAUGUAUCAUCAUGUUACCCUAUAUACUGCUUGACCCACUUGGGUUCGGCCACCCCUAAUCAAAUUUG